ACAGCUGUGGACAAGAGUGAUGACCAGCGAGAAGCAACGCAGAAGACCCUUGCACAGAAAUCAACCAGCCGCCACGCCCUAUCACUUGGUUUGGCCUCACAGACAGUGCUCCUGGCAACGAAGGAGUGAAAGCUGUCGAAGGAGCGAGCCUUGAGAGCUUCAGACAGAGUAAAUGACCACGGCAACCAUCUACCGACCAUCGUGGCGCGCAAAACUUAAUUCCUCCCUCCUUCAAAGGAGCUCAGCGACCCGCACUCACAUGCCAAGGUGCCGUGGCUGUGUGAUAGAUGGAGGAACGCGCGAUGCGGCGCCCACGAGGUCGAUCCGACGCCCGACUCUGCACGAAUCAACGAGCAUACUCUCCACACGUACUAAUCGUCAUUUGGCGUUAUCAAGGUCACGACUCAUGCAUGCAUCAUCACGACGUUCGCGCAGCAGCGCGAGGAGAUGCGUGAUCUCGCAGGUGGAGUCAUUCAAGGCGAUCCUCCUGCUUCGAGGCACAGAUUGGCACAAGUGCGUGGCAGUCUGUGAUAGGCGAGCAAUGAGCCAACCCAAUCGCUCAUCUGAACAACGCCGUUGCACCUCCAGGUCAGAUCAUCAACCAACGAGACCUGCACAUGACCUCUCAGCUGCACCAUUAUUCUCUGCCGUAGCCUUCGACCUCGGCACGGGGAGUCAAAGGCCACUCUGGUCCCAUGCUUCAGAACAUGGUCGAUAUGCAUUGGUGCAAGCUUAAGAUACACAAAUCUUGACAAAGUUGCAGGAUGAACGCCUGCCAUGAGCCUUCAUAUGUAAUCCUCCAGGUCUAUGGAGUUGUCUAGAAUUUACUCCGACUAAGAAUGAGCGUGAGAACAAUCCGUUGCCCUUCCGCCCAUUCAACCUCGCCACCUUUUAAGCAAACCCACAAUU